UAAGCUGCUCAGCGGGCCACUGUUCCUCUCCACAUGUGAGCAGCAGCCGCUCCCGUCACACUGAUUCAGACCAGCACGGACGGUUAGAACAGAUAACCACAGGGCUUGAAGAGCCUCGGGACACCGAAGCGAGUGUUGUCCACACUUUUUGGAGUGAAUAUUCUCUCAUGAGCGAGGCGUGUCGGCGGUGAGCGCGGAGCAGACUCCAGGAGUGAGUGAGGAAUGGAGCCGGGCUGUGGAGAGCAGCAGCCGGCCGCCGCAGACACGCCGCUGCCUGUGGACCUUCCUCCGGGUGAAGUCCCGCCUGCCCUCGCGCUGAGGAGAGGCUCCAGCGUGAAGAAACACCACCACAAGCACAACCUGAAGCACCGCUACGAGCUGCUGGAGACGCUGGGCAGAGGCACGUACGGGAAGGUGAAGAAGGCUGUGGAGAAGCACACCGGCCGAGUGGUGGCAAUUAAGUCUAUCCGUAAGGAGAAGAUCAAAGAUGACCAGGACAUGGUUCACAUCCGCAGAGAGAUCGAGAUCAUGUCUUCCCUACGCCACCCACACAUUAUCUCAAUAUACGAAGUGUUCGAGAACAAGGAUAAGAUUGUGAUUGUAAUGGAGUAUGCCAGCAAAGGAGAGCUGUACGACUACAUCAGCGAGCGGCGGAAGCUCAGCGAGAGAGAGACGAGACAUUUCUUCAGACAGAUUGUCUCAGCGGUGCACCACUGUCACAAGAAUGGAGUGGUGCACAGGGAUCUAAAACUGGAAAAUGUGUUACUGGAUGACAACUGCAAUAUAAAGAUAGCUGACUUUGGCUUGUCCAACCUCUACCACAAAGACAAGCUUCUACAAACGUUCUGCGGCAGCCCACUGUAUGCUUCACCUGAAAUUGUAAAUGGCAGGCCAUACCGAGGACCAGAGGUUGACAGCUGGGCUCUUGGGGUGUUGCUGUACACUCUGGUCUAUGGCACAAUGCCUUUUGAUGGAGGAGACCACAAAAGGCUCAUACGGCAAAUCAGCAAAGGGGAGUACAGGGAACCACCACAGUCAUCAGACGCUCGCGGCCUGAUCCGCUGGAUGCUGAUGGUAAACCCGGACCGUCGAGCAACAGUGGAGGACAUCGCCAACCACUGGUGGGUGAACUGGGGCUGGAAAACGAGUGUGUGUGACUGCCAGACUCAGCGAGAGAACAGCUCACCCAUGCUGGCCCGCUUUAUCGACUGGCAAAACCGCACCGAAACGCAGCCCAGCAAAGCAGCUCACGCUGAUCCUGCUGCCAACAACACUGGGCUCACUCCAGCCCGGCGCCUCCGGAAAUCCUCGAAGGAGAAUGAUGGAGGCACCAGGGCAGUUCCAGAGGAGAAGCCGGGGUUGAAGAGGCCUAAAGGUAUCCUAAAGACGCGGGCCAGCAGUGGAGACCAGCGCUCGCAGAGCUUGUGUGAAGUGGAACUGCGUCGCUCAAUCUGCUACCAAGAUGUUGAGUCUGCUUCCAGUCCAGAGAGGGAGGACACUCUGGGGGGCUCGCCAGCCAAAAUAAUGCCCUCCUUGCCCAAGAAGGGCAUUCUGAAGAACAGUCAGCAGCGUGAGUCUGGCUAUUACUCUUCCCCUGAGCGCAGUGAGUCCUCUGAACUGCUUGGGGGCAGCGUGGUGCUCCCACCAAAUGGCUCACCACCUAAGAGGGUGGCGAGGAAGGGCAUACUCAAGAGGAACGGGAAGUACUCUGCGCACAGCGUCCUCCCAAAUGCUGGUGUUCAUGGGGAAGGUUCCACACCAGAUUCAGGCCUUUCUCGGAGCCAAAGCAGACCCUCCAGCAUUGUGGGUGAAGAGAUGGGGCUGUCCAUGGGAGUGGAUUGGCCACACGCUUCCCCAAAGCCCAACAUCAGGGGCUGCCUGUCAGCCGAGGACCUGCUGCAGAUGGCCGGCUUCAGGGGCCUCCAGACAGUCACCCCUCUCCAUGGGGCAAAGGUGAACCGCAGCCCUCCAGGAUCUCCUGGAGACAAUGGAAGCUUCUCACUGCUCGGAGACCUGGACGAUGUGACCCAAGUGUACCAGCAGGCCCUGAGCAUCAGCAACCAGCUGAGCUAGAGAAGGACAGAUACAGAGUGAGAGAGAGUGUGGGCUACAUGUUCUCCCCCCUGUCCAAUAAGCAUAGCUGACCCGCACAUGAACAUAUGUGAAAGGACAAUUAGAAACGGACAGUCAGGACAGAUUGAUGGACAGUUCAUCCGAUCACUGACAUUGACAUUGUUUACACACUGAGAGAAGGGAAAUCAGAAGCUUUAGGUCUAAAACACAUCAGCUUGUGUUGAUAGUAAACAUUCAUGAUCUUCUCACUUUCAACUCAGUGACCAUAUAGAACGAAACAAGCACCUUACUGAGUGUCUUCCUCAACGUGAUACGUCUGGGUAUGAGUGUCAUAUAUACACAGCACAUUAAAAUAGAGCAUUUUGGUAGACUAUUAAAUGUGUAUUGUUUAGGUUUUAAUUAAAUGGUCAUAAACAACAUGGCCACUAAAAUCAGUGUUGGGUCACUGCAUCCUCUGUACAGGUCAUACAGCAGUUGCAGAUGGACAUUAUAAAGAUGUUGUGAAACAAGGUGACAUACCAUCUUGUGUCUAGAGCUUGAUUAUAGUACGUCAUAUUAAAUCCUUUCUUGGAAGAGCCUGUUUUAAACCCAGAAAUCAAAUAAUACUUGAAUGUGUUACAAAAGGUGUGUCACUGAACGCAGGCGAAGGGUGUUAAAGUGUGCCUCCCAAAGCCCUGAGCAGGCAAGACAUUGACACUUUUACUGAAAACUCCGUUCCUAUCUGCCCUAAGACUUUUGUGGUUCAGAUUCAGUAUAAGAGUGUUAGAAAUAAGAACGGAGUCAGAAGAUACCCUGCGCACUCAGAUCUGUCCUUCAACUUUACAUGAGGAAUCUGUAGACCAGUGCUUCCUAACCUUGAACCUGGAGUAACCCCUGCCUGUUUUCCUGCUCUGAUUUAACAUUAUCAGCUCAUUACCAAGCCUUUCCCUCAGUUGAAGUGGGUUUGUUAACGCAGGAACACACAAAAAUAUGUUGGACGGGGUUCUCCAGGAGUUGGGAACCUGUCCAAUAUUAGAUUGUCAAGUGUCCUGUGGGCUUGGCUUUACUUGCAUAACGGAAGGCACAUGUAAGGGUCAGAGGUUGCGUCACCAAGUGAUUAGAACUGUACCCUGGCUCAAUCACUGCUGCUUGUGCUCCAGAGCCUUUUAAAUGUGCUGUUUGUGGUGGGUGGACAGGGUGUAACCAGGAGAAAAAUCCAGUGCAGGAACACCCUGCGUUUCAACAACAGCAGCCGUUGAAAAGAGGGGAGUAGGCGAAACCAUUCUUACUGAAUAUCAGUGCGAUGAAAUGUUGUACCGUUUAAAGGUGACGGGUCAUGAAAACAAGGUUUUAUGAAUGCAAAAAUGCAAUAAAUGAGUAAAAAGGUCAGGUUCAGGGCUGGACGCUUGGGCUCCAGAGUUGACAUAACAGACAAUAGACGCUCUGAGUAUUGUGUUUGUGCAGUGUUUUGUUUUUUUUUCUGUAUAUCAGACACGGAAUACUAUCUUGAACUGGAUCCACAGUGGUUAAUGUUAUACUAUGUUAGUAUUGUUGCUUUUGAUCCAUUCUGCUUUUGGGUUUGAAUAUCCAAAUGGGUGCGAUUGUUUGGGCUUAGUGGAGAAGUAGCAGAGCUUUAACAAGCUCAAAGCCACACUCAGAGACAAAAUGUGCUUUACAGAUGACAGGCUGCAGAAAAAAAGCACAUGGCAGGGAAUAGCCUGACUAAAUAUAAGUGAGCAGUUGAUUAUUAAAAGAAUGCCAUGCUUCUUUAUCUGCUGAACUGGAAAAAAAAAUGUUAAUGCAUAUUUAUCACCUAGGUAAGUUUCACAGUGCAGUAAUUAACUGGAUAUUCUGUAUGUAUUUAUAUGUAUUUAAAUUUACUGUUAUUUAAUCUUGUAUUAUAUGACUGUACAUUAUUGCUAUGGCCAUUUCAAUUAUUGCUGUUUCCAUUGUUUUUAUUGCAUACAGAAGUUGUUAACCUUGAGCCUAUGAUUGUCUUGUUUUGUGCCUUCUUUGACAAAAGAUUGUCCAUAUUCUGAUUAUUAAUUGAACAUGUAUGAAUUUAUAAAGUUGACUAAGUAUAAGUUAAUAAGUUGUAUGAUUAGGUAUUAUGUCUUAGAUUGGACAAACAGCUUCUCUGUGUCAUUCGCUAUGGAAAUAGAUGAUGUAUUUGGGAUUAUGAUGUCCCUGCUCAAUCCAAGACACUAUGGCUUCUAAUAAAAGUCUACGGUCUGCCACCCUG